AUGGCUGCAUUGUCGCCCACGGCUGCGCUGUUCAAGCCAGUGCCAGAAGUACUCAAAGACGAAGGUGUGCCGAGUAGAUACAUCAAGCACAAUGAUGAAGACACACAAGAAGAUGGUGAUGCUCAUGUUCUCCUUCCUAUGAUGGAUUGUCCAAUAAUUGACCUCGCUCUCCUUUUAUCAUCUCCUCAGGAACUUGCCAAGUUUCACUCUGCCCUUAAUUCGUGGGAUUGUGUUCAGGUUGUCAAUCACGGCAUGACUAGGUCAUUUCUUGAUGAGGUACGAGGAGUCAUUAAGCAAUUUUUCGCACUGCCAACAAAUGAAAAGGAAAGGUACUUUUGCAAAGGUAAUACACUUGAAGGGUAUGGAAACGACGAUGCAUACCGACAAAAGACUAUUAAUUGGAGUGAUAAUAUGCACCUCCUACUUUUUCCAUUGCCUAAAUGCAACUUUGAACUUUGGCCUAAAAAACCUUCCAAUUUCAGGACAAUUUUAGAGAGUUAUUCAACCAAAUCAAAGAUAUUACUUGACACACUCCUAAGAGCCAUGGCACGUUCCUUGAAGCUGGAUGAGAACAACUUCUUUGAGCUAUGGGGGAAUAAUAAAGAAGAUACAAUACUAGGAAGAUUCAACUUUUAUCCUCGAUGCCCAAUCUCGAAUCGAGUUGUUGGCUUAAAACCACAUGGAGAUGGAUCUGCCAUUACCAUUGUCUUGCAAGACAAUGAGAUUGAAGGGCUUCAAGUUUUUAAAGAUAGUAAGUGGUUUAGGGUUCCUAUCAUCUCUGAAGCUAUCUUACUCUUUGUUGGAGAUCAAAUGGAGAUAACGAGUAAUGGCAUAUUCAAGAGCCCAAUAAAGUUGUUAUCAGCCCAUAUUAUGAUCGGGGUAUCAUUAGCCAUGUUUUGCAUUCCAAACCCAGAAAAAGAAAUUGGGCCUCUAAAGGAACCAAUAAACGAAGAUAGGCCCCAAUCUUACAAAAGGCUCAAGGAUUAUGGUAAAAUCUUCUUCCAAUACUACCCUGAAAAUGAUGCUGAUAGGUUGAUCCACACAGUAAAGAUCAACUAUUAA